UUAAAAUGGAUUAACCUUAUAAAUGCAUGGUGCCUGGUAAUAAUUGUUUCUUCACUCCAUCCAGUUUAUGGGGGUGAAUAUGCCUAUAUGGGGCGCUGUGGUGGACAAGACUGCUCAAGUUGUCAGUGCUUCCUUGAAAAAGGCUCUAGAGGUCAGCCUGGCCAGCUAGGACCCCAGGGUCCAAUUGGUGCAUUGGGUCCUAUGGGUCCAAUUGGUCUGCCUGGAGAAAAAGGCCAGAGAGGUGAAAUAGGUCAGCCUGGGCCUGCUGGAGAAAGAGGCAGUAUGGGUCCUACAGGAGUUCCAGGAUUUUCUGGGUUAGACGGUGUGCCUGGACUACCAGGACCUGAAGGAUCCAGAGGCAAACCUGGCUUGGACGGGUGCAAUGGGUCAAGGGGUGAUCUAGGAUUUCCUGGAGAGGCAGGACGUAUUGGGCCAAGAGGCUCACCUGGUUUUCUUGGCCAAAAGGGAGAAAAAGGAAAUUCAAUGUAUCUUUCUCAGUUUAUUCAAGGGCCUUCUGGUCCUAGAGGAGAAAGGGGGCCAAGAGGUCCACUUGGAUUUCCAGGACAACCAGGCCUACCGGGUAUUCAAGGUCAACCUGGUUUGCCUGGAGAACAGGGAAAUCCAGGUACUGGAGUAGAAGGACAGAAAGGAGAGCAGGGUGAUGUAGGACCUCCCGGUUCUCCUGGACAGCCACUACUGGUUGGACCUCCUGGUUCUCAAUUGCUAAAGGGAGACAAGGGUGUAAAAGGAAUGCCAGGAUCUGCUGGCCUGAAAGGACUGCGUGGUCGCAAAGGAGCACUUGGAAAUGGAGACAAAGGUGAAAAGGGGAUUCCUGGUUUUCCUGGAAUGAGGGGGAGUCCUGGUGCUAAUGGAGUUCCAGGUUUUCAAGGAAGCAAGGGUGAAACUGGAAUGGAUGGAUUUCCUGGACAGGAUGGUUUUACAGGGAUUAAGGGAGACCCAGGAGAAAGAGGGCAACCAGGUCCACCAGGACCUCGAGGAACACCACGCACUGGAAUCAAAGGUUUUCAAGGAGACUCUGGAGACCUAGGACCUCCUGGAGAUGUGGGGGCAGUUGGGUUGCCAGGUCCUCCUGGUGUUAAAGGAAGACCAGGGGAAGAUGGGGCUGCUUUUCCUGGUCCCAAGGGUGCAUUGGGAGUACAAGGUCCACAAGGAUUUCGAGGCGCUCCUGGCCCCACAGGUGUGGCUGAUACAGCCCUAGGAAAGCCAGGAGCUCCAGGAUUUCCUGGUUUUCCAGGAAUGCCAGGAAGACAGGGUUUGCCAGGACCGCCUGACGUGGCUUGUAAUGGAAGAGGGGCUCCUGGUCAGUCAGGAACUAAAGGUCAGAGGGGACAAACUGGACAAAGAGGUAUAAAAGGAGAGAAAGGGAACCCAGGCAACUGCUUAUGUGGUCUUGGGCCCCCUGGUGCCCCCGGAAUACAAGGCCCAUCUGGGGUUCCUGGAAGAAAAGGAGAGGUGGGGUUUCCUGGGAAAUAUGGAAGAAGAGGUGAUCCAGGCUUACCUGGUGCAAUAGGACAACCUGGUGUACCAGGAAUGCCAGGUGUAUUUGGGCCAAAUGGUGAAAAAGGAGAUAAAGGUGACCCGGCUAGAAAAAGAAUCAAAGGGACCAAAGGACAAAGAGGUAUCCCAGGAGAGCCUGGAUUUCCAGGAAGAAAUGGUUCUCCUGGCAGCAGUGGAGAUCCAGGGUUGCCUGGUGAAAAGGGCCUUCAGGGUGAUGAUGGAAAAGCUAUUCCAGGUGAUAAGGGAUUUCCUGGUGCCUCUGGACGUCCCGGUUCAAGGGGGCCCAUGGGACCACCAGGUUUUGGAAUUCAAGGCCCACAAGGUAUUCCAGGUCCUCCAGGAGAUCCAGGAAUCCCUGGUAUAAGAGGACCACCUGGCCUAAAGGGUCAAAAAGGUACCACUCCUCAAUAUGCAACAGCGUAUGCUGGGGAUCCAGGUACACCUGGUUUUGAAGGUGUCUCAGGUGCAAAAGGAUUAAGAGGGCAACCUGGACAACCGGGUCCCAAUGGUUUUGAUGGCCCCAAAGGCCGACAAGGCAGACCAGGAAUGUCAAGCAUUCCAGGUCCAGAAGGUUUAAGGGGUGAGACUGGUGAUCCAGGUGAAAAAGGUGAAAUUGGUUCCAGCCUGGAUGGUGCUUCAGGAUUGCCAGGCCCCCCUGGGCUUGAUGGUCCCAAAGGUAUUCCAGGUGACAUCAGUUAUGGUCCUCCAGGAGUUGCAGGCAACAGAGGUCUUCCAGGAUUUCCAGGUUCCCCAGGCCAAAGAGGUGAUCCAGGUUUUCCUGGGCUUCAAGGACAGCCAGGCACACCAGGGUUUCCAGGAGCAAAAGGCUUUAGAGGAAGAAAAGGUGACAUGGGAGCCACGGGAUAUCCAGGCUCACCUGGGCCACCUUGUGACAAUGGUUUACAGGGUCUACCAGGGUCUCCUGGCUCUUCUGGACCACCAGGCUCUGCAGGUGUACCAGGCAUCAAAGGUCCACCAGGAGACAUGGGUGCAUCAGGUCCAUCUGGAAUGAAAGGCAUGCCAGGACCUCCUGGAACACAAGGAUCGCCUGGCUUUCCAGGUUUAAGAGGAAAUCUAGGCCUUCCAGGAGAAAAUGGAUUACCAGGUCUUCCUGGACAAAAAGGCAGCAAAGGAUCCAAGGGCAUGCAAGGUUUUCUUGGACUCCCAGGAAGUGAAGGAGAAAUGGGAGCUCCUGGUGUGAAAGGUGAAGAAGGACAAAAAGGUCAGCGGGGUUCUCCUGGAGAAUAUGGGCUGAUGGGCCCCACAGGUGAACCAGGACCUCAAGGAGAAGAUGGCCGCAUUACCAUAUUGGUAGAGAAAGGAAGAAAAGGGGAGCCAGGUCUCUCUGGUGACGAAGGCUUGCCAGGCACACAAGGUGAUAAAGGCAGCCCUGGCUUCAGAGGGAUCCCAGGAUUGCCAGGCAGAAGUGCACCUCAGGGAACCCAGAAGGGCGAACCUGGUGAUACUGGGGAGGCUGGUUUUCAAGGACCCCCAGGCUUUACAGGGGCUCCAGGACUUAGAGGUAUAAUUGGCUUUCCAGGACAACAAGGUGACCAGGGUGGACAAGGAUUGCCAGGUGCUCCAGGAAUUCCAGGAUCUGAUGGUCAAAAAGGAUCUAAAGGUACUAGAGGUGAUCCAGCCAUUAGCUUUGGCCAGCCUGGAGAGAAAGGUUCUAGAGGAGAUCGAGGAUUGCCAGGAUUUGAUGGAUUACCAGGAGACCAAGGCAUACCAGGUGUUCAAGGGAGACAAGGAAGAGACGGAUUCAAAGGUUUACCUGGAUAUGCAGGAACACCUGGCUUCCCAGGUGCUCAGGGAGCUGUCGGCUUAGCAGGAGCUCCAGGUGAACAAGGUACUCCUGGUAUUUUGGGACUUCCAGGUUUGCCAGGAUUACCUGGCAGCCUAGGUAGAAAAGGCAUUUCGGGACUGCCUGGAUUAAAUGGUUUGAAUGGGCUGCAGGGUCAAAAGGGGCCAUCAGGAUCUCCAGGUUUAAAUGAAAUUGGACCUCCAGGAGACAUUGGAGAUCCUGGACCAAAAGGCGACAGAGGAGAACCUGGGCUUCCAGGUGUUUCAUAUCCAGGGCCACCUGGAGACAUGGGCCUCUUAGGGCCUCCUGGCAGGCCAGGUGCUACCGGACCUGCAGGCCCAAUGGGUCAGCCUUCUGAAAACAAGCUUCCUGGGCCUCCAGGUGACCAAGGUCCUCCUGGCAUAGAUGGGACAAGAGGUCUUCCUGGCAAGCCUGGUCCUCCAGGAAAUACCAUUCUUGUUAAAGGCGAUCCAGGUGAUUGUGGGACAUAUGGCUCACCUGGUCCUCCUGGUCCUCCAGGAAAACCAGGAAAUAAAGGCAUUCCAGGAAACCCAGGAAGGGAUGGCAUGAGAGGUCCAAUGGGAAACCCUGGUUUGCAAGGCCCCCCUGGUGCCCGUGGCGAAUUCGGAGAUCAAGGCUUUCAAGGACUACCAGGCCCUAUGGGUCCCAAAGGUUGCAGAGGUGACCCAGGUGAAGCCGGAAUAGUUGAUUAUUCGCUGUGUCCCAAGAUUCCAGGGCCACCUGGAGUGUUAGGUCUAAGAGGAUCACCAGGUCCCACUGGAUUAAGAGGGCCACCAGGCUUUCCUGGUCCCCCAGGAAUGAAAGGAGAAGAAGGAUCCUUUGGUCUUCCAGGUCAGAUUGGUUCGCCUGGGCCACCUGGACUCCUGGGUGAUCAAGGUGACAUAGGAGAAAAAGGAUACACAGGGCUGCAAGGUCUUCCUGGUCCAACUGGAAUGCCAGGUCCACCAGGACCAGAAGUGAGAAUUGUUAGUGGGUUUUUGCUUGUUCUUCAUAGUCAGUCAGACAGAGAACCAUUUUGCCCAGAAGGAAUGGCAACACUGUGGACUGGAUACAGCCUACUGUAUUUUGAAGGGCAAGAGAAAGCCCAUAAUCAAGAUCUAGGUCUGGCUGGGUCUUGUCUUCCUGUGUUCAGCACCAUGCCUUUUGCUUACUGCAAUAUCAAUCAGGUUUGCUACUAUGCAAGUCGUAAUGACAAAUCUUACUGGCUGUCCAGUGCAGCUCCUUUGCCCAUGAUGCCUGUUUCCGAAGAAGAAAUAAAACCCUACAUUAGCAGAUGUGCUGUAUGUGAAGCUCCGGCCCAAGCUGUUGCAAUCCACAGUCAAGACCAAUCCAUUCCCCCUUGUCCACUGAACUGGAGAAGUCUUUGGAUAGGCUACUCAUUUUUAAUGCAUACUGGAUCUGGUGACCAGGGAGGUGGACAGUCUCUUAUGUCAACUGGAAGCUGCCUAGAAGACUUCCGAUCGGCACCCUUCAUUGAGUGCCAAGGUCAACGAGGAACAUGCCAGUUUUUUUCCAAUGAAUACAGUUUCUGGUUAACUACUGUGAAUCCAGAGAUGCAGUUCACGUCAAGCCCUGUCUCACAGACUCUCAAAGAUGAGCAAGAACAACGUCGAAAUAUAGGCAGAUGUCAGGUCUGCAUGAAAUAUGGCUAAAGGAAAACAUGAACAUCUACUAAGAAGAAGAAAAACGGGAUGCAAUAAGUUAUAUUAUAGCUGUAAAUGGUGCUAAUUUUUCCAUUUUCUUUCAAACUAUGGAAUAACCGAUCAAGAAUUUAUGCCAGGCAAACUAUGGGCACUAGUUCUUCCUCUGUUCAGCCAUAUUUUUAGUAAUGGCAUCUAUGCCAGCUAGAAAUAUCAAGAAAGCUCAGCAAUCUAUAGAAACCUGGCACCUCCCGUAUCAGCAUAAGCCAAUUUAUAACAGGUAAUUGGAUGGCAGGGGCCACUAUUAUGACUGCUUGGGUUCUUCCAGAGGAGGCAUGUAUCAUGAACUUAUUCUGGCACUUUCACAGAAUUUGACACCCAUCAAGAUGGCAUCAUUUUUCACUUGGAACUCUCUUGUAUUCUUCCACUGCUGCACCUGUUUCUUCUCACCACCCCAAAUCUAAAUAGGGAGAAGAGGCAAAACAACUGUAUAACGUAUUUGGACUACUAGCUCUACAAUCCUUCUGCCUAAAAGCUGUGUCUAUUUUAAUGGGGGCGGGGGCUGCUGCAGUGAUUAGAAAAAGGAGUGGAAUCUUUUAUAGUUCCUCUCCUACCUCCUUUUCAGCAUGGAGAAGAUACAUCAGUGUAAAUUAGCAGAGGAGUUUUCCUAAAGAUGUCAGUGAAAGGUUGAGAUAGAAGAAUUUUUUAGAUUCUUUCAGCAAUUUGCUCCAACAGAUAGUGGAGAAUCCCAUUCAAACAAUAGUGGUAGUGUAAUGCCCAGUACCUCCUCUCAGAUGGAAGCAAUCAGUGUUUGGCAUGCUUAAAAGGCUAAUCUGGGAGGGAAAGGAUACUGUCUUCAAAAAGAAAAUGAGACAGAUUUCUAUUCUUAUUAUUUUCUAAUAAAGAUACACGGGGCUUU